CGCGAGAGAGGAAGAAAAGACGCGCGAGUCGAAAAAGGAAAGGGCCAUCGCGGUGAUUCGCGACUGGAAGACCUCGGUGUGUUGCAGCUCUGUGAUCAAGAAGCAGCAGGAACGCGCAAGCGUGCGCGACAGAGAUCAACCGCGAGGGAGAAGAACCACGGGAGAAGGCACGGAUGAACGAGAGAGAGAGAGAGAGAGAGAGAGAAAGAAAGAGGAGAGAACCAGUGCAGCCUCGCAACCUCCGUCUCUCACUUUCUCCUCGGUUCUCUCUCUCUCUCUCCUCGCUCUCUACUCGUAGCGAGGAUGUAAGGACUCUCGAGAGCCCAAGAGAAAAGCAAAGUGACUCAGGUCGAACCAAAAACGAUCCGUUUGACGGGGCCUGUUGGAUUGGAUUUGAGUGAAAAGUGAAAAAAACAACGGGGGGGAAUUUCCGGGCGUGGUACACAUGAGAUCGCGGUACUGGAAGAAAAAGUCUCGGAGACGCGUCGAGAGAGGGCAGAGAGGAUGAAACAGCGAAGGAUCGGCGCGGUUUGAGCGGAGAGAGACCGGCCGAACCGAUGAGGCCGCUGUCGUUCGAGAACCUGAGGAGGCUCGUCGGCCGCAAGAAGGACCGUAACGAGCCGUCCUUCAAGCGCAGCGAGUCCUUCAAGCGGAUAUCGAUAAGGAAGAGUUACCUGGACCGUGGCAAGCGGCGCAACAAGCUCCAGAAGAGCCUGGAGUCGCCGGCGGUCGAUGGCAACGCGAGGUCCGGCCAGGUCGACGCCAACUCGAAGCCGACGAUCGAGAAAUCACAGGCGGUGAUCAAGGAGCAGAGGCCGAAGAAGCUUCACGACGACACUCUGAGCCGCGAGUCGAUCAGCUACGACGAGUGGCUGCAAGGUGUCAGCUCGUCCUCGCGCGAGAAGUUGGACGAGCUGCACCGCGAACAGCAACAGAACAAACAGAACAGACAGCAGCUGCAGCAGCAGCAGCAGCAGCAGCACUUUGCACCCGCGAGGAACAAUCAAGUGAGCAAGUUCCAGAGGCAGAACGAGGCCGCCGACCACGUGGCCGAAGAACUGAAAGUUCUCGAGCUGGACGCCUCGCCGGUAUUGCCCACCAAGUCCCACAGAAUCAUCUCCAACGAGACGAUCACGAUCCGCAACGAGGAGAAGAACGGCCAUCAGGACCAUGUCGUGCUACAGGAGACGAAGUCGGUCGAGGGACCACCGCCCAGCGUCAGCGUGAAUCUCGGUCGGAUAUGGAGGGACGCGGUCCCGAUGCCGUUCCCCGCCACCUCCGGCCCGUCGAUUCACCACUCGUUGGACAGCGCGUUGAAGGAGAGGAAGCCGCAGCCCACCGUGGCCAGAACGGUGUCCGCUCCGGAGAAGAGCGUCGCCGGCAAGGACGUCUCGUCCGCGUUCGGCUUCUCGCUGAGGAUCGCCAGGCUGGCCGACUUUCGCCCAGGGGGCACGAGGAACGGUUUCUUUAACCGGAGGACGAAGAAGUCGACGCCGAGCGUGAGCGUCGAGGGUUACUUCAAACGUAGCAGCACGCUAAGGCGAUCCAGCUGUCGACGCCGCGGUAGCGGAGGAGGCGGAAGGCGUACGUCCCAGAGGACGAAGAAGAAGCCGCCUCAGACGGCGGCGGCGCGGUCCAACAGUCCCGUGUGGUUCGUCCCGCCGGAGAGGCGCCGCUCGAGACGCCAGAGGCGAGUCUGGCGGGAGAUCCGAUACUUCCCCGAGACGGAGAUCCCCGUGAUCGAGAGGAUCGACGACUGCUGGUCGAACAUGUCGGACCUGGACCAGUUCGACGACCUGAAGCUGUUGCUCUCGGGAGACUUCAACGACAGGCGGGACAACGGGGGCUUGAACUCGUUGGUCUCGUCGUCGUUGGGCUCCUUCUCGGCGACGUCCUCCUCGUCGUCGGCCUGUCGCCGGCCACCGAAGAUCAGCGACUUCAACGAGGACAAAUUGUUCUCCGAGGAGCUGCGGACCAGCGGCGUGCUCGCCCGUAGAACCACGUGGCGUCCGGUGACUUCCAACUACUUCGCCAGCAACCAGUUUCUCAACUUUCUGUCCAAGGGUUCGAGCAGCCUCGUUGGCAGGGAGAAGGCGAGGACCGAUUCGUCGACGUGCUACUACAGGUGUCUCUCGUCUACCGAGAGCGAAACCGAAAGUCUCGGCCCGCCCGAGCGCAGAAAGAGCUCUCACGCGAUGCACCGGCAGCAGCAUUUGAAGAGGCAAAGGUCCGGCCUCAGGAGAAGACCUCUCAGGCGGAAGUCGCAGCUUCGAAAGGCCUCCGGUCAGCCGGUCUUUCUCGUGCGAAAGUGCUCCUCAUUGAGGAAGAGACCCAGGGACAUUACGCAAAAGGGCUACGAGAAGAAACGGACACGUUUGCUACAACAGUAUGCCUCGAAGCAGUUGGGGGCUGGAAAGGAUGGAGGAGGUGUCGGCGUCCUCGGUAUCGGAGGGGUCGAGAGAACGGGUUAUGGAAGCGGUGGCGGUGUUGGCGUCGUUGGGGGCAUCGGCGUUGGCGUCGGCGUCGGCGUCAGCGUCGGUGGCCGGCCACAGCCACGUGCACGCCGCACGCAACGCCGUGUCACGCACAACGAGAAGCGCUAUCAUUCAGGAGGCCGGCUAGUACCUGGCGGGAUCGCCAGUCCCCCGGGAUCUGGCGGCUCGACCGGAAACACCGGGAAUUCGAAUUCGGCGGCCGCGAGACGCGGCAAUCGCAGACUCACGCGCAAUGAGAGCCGCUAUCAUUCCGAGGUGCGCCAGGAGGCGGUGCAGCAAGCUUUGGCAGCGAUGCAAGGUCGUCCGAAGCCGUCGUUGCCGAUGCCGUCGAAGAGAACCUCCGUGAUGGCCAGGAGUCCCGACCGGGAGCGUCGCGACAGCGGUGAAUCCAGCAGCGACGAGGACAGCGUCGUCACCGAGGAGAGUCCCGGUGCUGGUGGUCCAACGGGCACAGGGCUGUCGGAUACCAGCAGCACCGGUUCCGCCCGAGACACGCCCCCGCCACCAAGGCCACCGGCCAGGAGACCUCCUGGUGCUGACAUCACCGACAUCGCGGAGUACACGCCUCACGCGUACUGCAACAUACAGCCGCCGGACGUGACGCACACCAGCAACACACCGGCCGCGCAGCAGUCGACCAGGCGACCGGGCGCCGAUCGUGUCAAUCGUUACCACGUCGUCGAGGAUCAGAACAACACCGGGACCACCGGCCGCUGGAAGGUGUCCGCCAAGAUUCAACAGUUGCUCAACACGUUGAAACGGCCGAAACGGCGGCCGUUGCCGGAGUUCUACGAGGACGAUGACAUCGAGCUCGAGAUCGCCGCCAAUCCCAAAGACCCGAACGCCCCGAAACCGGAGGGCGGUUCUAUGACCUCCGCGGUCGGUGAACCACUAUCGGUCGCCGCUGGCUUGCCCAGGUCGCUCGAGGCCGCCAUACAGAGGUACGGCUCGGCAUCGUACAAAGCGCCGGUGGCAACCGUUCUCGAUCCAAACGGCAAACUCUGCGUAACGCUGACUUACGGAAAGCUUCUGAGCCGUUCCCACAAGAUAGCGUACACGCUGCUGAACAAGGCGCUGAGCCGCGGCGGGGAUUGCUGCCUGAAACCCGGCGACCGGAUCGCCCUGGUCUAUCCGAACAACGACCCGAUAAGCUUCAUGUGCGCCUUCUACGGUUGUCUUCAAGCUGGCAUCGUACCUGUACCGAUCGAAGUCCCCCUGACCCGUCGGGACGCGGGCUCCCAGCAAAUCGGCUUUCUCCUGGGUAGCUGUGGAAUUCAGGUGGCGUUGACCAGCGAGGCUUGCCUGAAGGGUCUGCCAAAGACGGCGGCCGGCGAGGUGGUGGCGUUCAAAGGUUGGCCAAAGCUUCAUUGGUUCGUCACGGAGCACUUGGGCAAAACGCCGAAGGAUUGGCUGCCACCGCCGCGACUCACCGACGACACACCGGCGUAUAUCGAGUACACCACCGACAAGGACGGCUCGGUGAUGGGCGUGACGGUGACUAGGUCGGCGAUGCUGGCACAUUGUCGAGCUCUGACGCAAGCCUGCGGCUACACCGAGGGAGAGAACGCCGUGUGCGUUUUGGACUUCAAACGGGAGGUCGGCCUCUGGCACAGCACCCUCACCAGUGUUCUCAACGGGAUGCACGUGAUUUUCAUUCCGUACGCCCUGAUGAAAGUGAAUCCCGCCAGUUGGAUGCAGAUGAUCACGAAGCACCGUGCCAGCGUGGCGGUGGUGAAGUCGCGGGACCUCCACUGGGGCCUUCUGGCCACCAAGGAUCACAAGGAUAUCUCCUUGUCGUCGCUCAGGCUGUUGUUGGUCGCCGACGGUGCCAAUCCCUGGUCUCUCUCUUCCUGCGACCAGUUCCUUUCCGUAUUCCAGUCGAAGGGUCUACGGCCGGACGCCGUGUGCCCGUGCGCGUCCUCCAGCGAAGCUCUCACCGUGUCGGUCAGAAGACCAGGCCGUGCCGGGGUAAACGCCACAGGACGAGGCGUGCUUUCCAUGUCCGGGUUGAGUUACGGCGUCGUCAGAGUCGAUCAAGAGAACUCUCUCACCUCUUUGACGCUUCAAGAUUGCGGUCAAGUCAUGCCUGGAAGUAUCGUAGUUGUGAUCAAGAUGGAAGGUCAGCCGUUCAUCUGCAAGACCGACGAAGUAGGCGAGAUCUGCGUGCACAGCUCGGCGACUGGAAAUCAAUACUGGGGCCUACAAGGGCUGACGAACAACACGUUCAAAGUCUCGCCGCUUCAAGCCGACGCAAGCCCGCUCGGCGACGUCGAGUACACACGUUCUGGUUUGUUGGGUUUCUUGGGCCCUGGCGGUCUCGUGUUCGUUUGCGGCUCGCGCGACGGUCUUAUGACUGUCACCGGGAGAAAGCACAACGCCGACGAUAUCAUCGCCACGGUCUUAGCCGUCGAGCCAAUGAAGUUCAUUUAUCGCGGAAGAAUAGCCGUUUUCAGCGUGCGCGUCCUCAGGGACGAGCGAAUAUGCGUGGUCGCGGAACAACGACCCGACUGCAGCGAAGAGGAAAGUUUCCAAUGGAUGUCGCGGGUUCUUCAAGCGGUCGAUUCCAUCCACGCCGUUGGGAUAUACUGUCUGGCGUUGGUACCGCCGAAUUAUCUUCCGAAAACGCCGCUGGGCGGUAUUCACCUGUCGGAAACGAAACGACGUUUCCUAGAGGGUACUCUUCACCCGGCUAACGUUCUUCUUUGUCCGCACACUUGCGUUACCAACCUACCGAAACCACGCGAGGUCCAUUCAGCGGGGGAUUCUGUUGCAGACGUUGGUCCGGCCAGUGUCAUGGUGGGCAACAUUGUUCAGGGUAAUAGACUAGCUUCGGCUCAAGGACGGGACAUGGGUGUUCUGGACGAGGAUAGUGACAAUGCUAAAAAGUAUCAGUUCAUCUCUGAAAUACUUCGAUGGCGUGCUGUCAGUACCUCCGACCACGUGAUAUUCACGUCGUUGAACGCGAAGGGAGCGGUGGCGACAUCGUUGUCGUGUUCGCAGUUGCACAAGAAAGCCGAACGGAUCGGGAAUCUGUUGCUAGAUCGUGGAAGGAUCAAUACCGGGGACCACGUUGCGUUGAUAUUCCCCCCCGGUACCGACUUGAUAUGCGCGUUUUAUGGUUGCCUGUACGUUGGCGCCGUGCCAGUUACGAUUAGGCCGCCUCACCCGCAAAAUCUUCAAACCACCCUGCCAACCGUUCGCAUGAUCGUGGACGUUAGUAAGUCUGUGCUCGUGCUCACGAAUCAAAAUAUCCUGAAACUGUUGAAAACAAAGGAGGCGAAUAACGUCGUCGACAUUAAGAGUUGGCCGACGAUUCUCGAUAUGGACGACAUGCCAAAGAAGAAGCUACCUGUUAUGUAUCGAGCACCCACGGCGGAGAUGCUGGCAUACUUGGACUUCAGCGUCUCGACAACGGGAAUGCUUGCAGGAAUUAAGAUGUCUCACGCAGCGGUGACGUCUCUCUGUCGUGCCAUGAAACUUGCCUGCGAAUUGUAUCCGUCUAGACACAUCGCUCUGUGUUUGGAUCCCUACUCUGGAUUAGGAUUUGCUCUUUGGUGUCUCAGCAGUAUAUACAGUGGUCAUCAUUCUAUACUUAUACCACCGUCGGAGGUGGAAGCAAAUCCAGCGUUGUGGCUGUCGGCAGUCAGCCAGUCCAGAGUGAGAGACACGUUUUGCUCUUACGGUGUGAUGGAACUGUGCACAAAGGGCCUCGGUUCUUCCGUUCACGCCCUGAAAGCGAGAGGCGUUAGCUUAGCCUGCGUUCGAACGUGCGUCGUCGUCGCCGAGGAAAGACCACGGAUCGCGCUCACCACGAGCUUCAGCAAACUCUUCUCCGCCCUGGGUCUGAGUCCUCGCGCCGUCUCCACCUCUUUCGGAUGUAGAGUGAACACAGCCAUUUGCUUACAGGGUGCAUCGAGUCCAGAACCUUCCACCGUGUACGUUGAUCUCCGCGCGCUGCGUAACGACCGAGUGUCCUUGGUGGAAAGAGGCAGUCCACACUCGCUGUGCCUGAUGGAGUCGGGCAAAUUAUUACCGGGAGUGAAGGUGAUCAUCGCCAAUCCAGAAACGAAAGGACAGUGCGGGGAUUCUCAUUUGGGCGAGAUUUGGGUGCAGUCCGCGCACAAUGCCAGCGGUUAUUUCACGAUAUACGGCGACGAGAGCGACUACGCGGACCACUUUAACGCGCGCCUCGUGACAGGGAACACGAACGAGGUUUACGCCAGGACUGGUUAUCUCGGCUUCCUAAGACGUACCGAGAGCGUUCAGCAAUCGGUUAUCAGUGACAUUCCCGGUGACACUUCCGCCGAAGCUGAUCUCGUUCCUGGCGACUCUGAAUUGCACGACGCUGUGUUCGUGGUCGGCGCGCUCGACGAAGCCAUUCUACUUAGAGGAAUGCGAUACCAUCCGAUCGAUAUUGAAAACAGCGUGAUGAGGUGUCAUAAGAAAAUAGCGGAAUGCGCCGUAUUUACGUGGACCAACCUCCUGGUAGUGGUGGUGGAGCUCGACGGAAGUGAAAGCGAGGCUUUAGAUCUCGUGGCAUUGGUUACCAGCGCUGUUCUGGAAGAGCAUCAUCUGGUGGUCGGUGUGGUGGUCGUAGUGGAUCCCGGGGUAGUUCCGAUAAAUUCGCGUGGCGAGAAGCAACGAAUGCACUUGCGCGAUGGUUUCCUAGCGGACCAGCUCGAUCCGAUUUACGUGGCGUAUAACAUGUGAGCGAUGUCAGUGGAUGUAGGAAAUGCCGAGGGAGAGACUGAUAUCGUUCCUUGCGAUUACAUCUCUAGCACCACGUUGAUGCAUAAGUAUCCUCGACUCGAAGUCGCAAAUUUUUGUCCUUAUUUUAAACAAGGCAGUAUCUCUGUGGACGGACUGGAGUAUAACGCACGUGUACGUACUUCUCAAAGCGAACGUCAUCCCUAAAUUUCUUUGAGAAAGAGAAACAUUUCUCGUUUGUCGUUGAUGCAUCGAGAGGGAAUUUUGUAUGAACCGAGAAACAGAGACGAUGCGAAAUAGUCGCUUUAAACAGGCGAAAUUUUGACAAACGAUCAGUUCAUAAAAAUGAAUCAUCGAGCCAGAAUAUUCUACUUGAAACGAUGAAAAAUGUAGGAACAAUACAACCAUAUAUACAGCAUCAACGAUUCUCUAUUCGCAGCGAAGGAACCAGAAAAAAAAAGAAAAAAAGAAAAGAAAAGAAAAAUGUAAAAUCUUGAACAUCUUCAAAUUUCAGACUGCCACAGACAGGUGUAUACAGCUCAGACAUGAUUCAGCUGUUUUGGCUAAAAUCGUGCUUUUAUACAUUGUAUUACCUGAAUAUUAAAGUGACGGAUAGUACCAUUCAUUAUUUAUCAACGACAUCAGAACGGUAGUGAGCUUUUUUAUAAGAGAAAGACGGAAGAAGUUAUUAAAAAUAAUAAUAAUAAUUAUAAUAACAAUAAAAAUAACUAUUUAAAAAAAAAAUGGACGAUUGUUCCGCAAACUACGUACAGGUAUAUCUAACUAUCUGAUGUCUAUUAGAAAAUGAAGUAAAAGAAUUUGAUACACUUUAUCGCGUAGACUCGUGUAGCUUAACAAUUUUUUACUACGUAAAGUAACGGUUAGCUAACGUAAUCGUAAUUAUCGUAAACGUAAAAAAAACGUUUUAACUAUCGACAUUUUUUCUAAUAUACGGUUUUGCUGAAGAAGCAAUAUACAUACAGUUCGCUAUCGCUCUGACUAUCCAGAUUUCGUUUCGGAAAAAUUUCUACGUUGUUGGUCGUCUUACAACGAUAUUUACGAUUGAAUGGACUUGGAAACAUGAACGAAUGGUUUCAAAUUGGUGAGGUGUUUGAUCAUAUUUAGCUGCGUUGCGCACAACAUCGCACUUUUUAUACGUUGAAGUAUUUAUAUUAUAUUGCGCAGCACGCAAUAAACCCACAACAAACGUUGUUAUAUUUGUUCUGAAAAUGUACCUUUCUUUUCCUUUUGCAUAUACGUUUAUAUAUAUAUAAACGUCCAUUUUUUUAAGUCUGUUUUCUUUCAAUCUUGAAAGAUACGUGAAGAAAUGAUUUAUUGCGUGCUGGGAAAGGGUACACUUUGAAAAGUCAACCGAACACCCGAAUCAUUUAGUCAAUUUUUUCAUAACAAAAGAAGACUAAGGCGCCAUUAACGCAAAUUCGCAUCUCAGGGUUUUAGAUCAUUUGUAACAAACAGUGUAGAACAAUUUUCUUUGGAUUGACAUUUGAAAGGAAGAAAGAAAGGCAAGGAAUAUGAUAGCACAAAGAAUUCAAGCAAGAAAAUAUAAAAAAGUACAGUUGAAAAAGGUAGCGUCGAUGCAUCUGACUCUGCAGUUUUUCUCACACUUUAGUCGAUGAGAGAAAAAAAGUUACCCUCGAGCUAUGAAUAUCCGGUCAUACAUACACGCCAAAAAUUUCUAUUAUACAUACAUACGCCAGAUUUCUUCUACGUUUCUUACCUUCUCGUGCACAAAUGCGUUCUUUUUCUGAAACUGGCCCUCUUGAGGGUCGAAAGCUCAAUCUAUGUAUAUGAACAGUGUUAUAGUCGACUUUCGGGUUUGUCCAAUUUCGUUUCUUUUCUUUUUUCUUUUCUUACUCUUACACGUUAUAAAAUAUUGCCUCAGCUUUAGAAGUUUAGUUGCGUCGUUCAUUGAGGAGAUCUUGUAUCAUUGAGUUUUUAAGAUAGGAGAACCGGACGAAGUUGGAAGAAAAGUGACAACGUGUGGCCAUUAUCGUUGGCCUAUUGAGCAGAGAAUUCCGAAUCAAACCCGAAAGUCGAUCGUGUCCUUUCUCCUUCGCACGGAGUUUUAUUAUUUUCGAGACGUUUUCUAUCGAUGUGUAUAUUUGUUGAUAGUUUUAUAAUUUUAUAUUCUUAUUUUAAUACACAAUGGCAUACGAAUACGAGACGCGCACUGACCCCAUCCAGGGUCAUUGCUAAAAAUCGAUUCAUGCGACUAACAAAAGCGCAGAUUUGUCAAUUUCUUUUUUUUUUCUUGCGAGUAUGUGUGUGUGUGUAUGCGUGUGUGGGUGUGUGUGGGUGUUGUUAGAAGGCUCGUAUUAAACUCCGGUGCCUGUUGCUAUUGCUCUACAUAUCAUAGUCUUGUUUUUUUUUUUUUUUUUAUCGCACACUGCAAGAACACAGUGGCGCGAAUGCAAAACUUGUUGCAAAAGAUCUAGAUUGUGCUAACGGUAUUUGGCAAUUUAUGCAAAAGAGAAUUAAGGCGAGUGUUGUGCAAUAUUUCUCGCUCGUGGCAUCUCUCGAGUCGAUCCCGGAGAUUACAAAAGUCGUUUCGAAAUCUAAGUCAAUGAAUGCGGAGAACUCGUCGAAUACACGUGAAUAGAAGAGACGAGUAAAACGAGCAAAGCGAGAAGUAAUUAUAACGACACAAAGCGGAGGAGUAUGUCGAGUAAAAAUUUAAUACGAGCCUCGUCAGUUGGAAGUUGAUUUAUCGGCGAACAAUAGCGAUCAUCGGCGACAGCCUCUCGUUAACGCAUAAACGUCAUUGCAAGUUAUUAGUUAUUAUCUCAGAUGCCGGACGUCCAUUUACAGGCGUCGUGUAAAUACGUAUGUACGAAAGCAGAGGAAUUAGGAUCCUUUUCUGCGACACGUCUUACAUUUCUGACAAUUUCUUCCCCUGUUUAUAAGUAUAAUUUUCAUUGUGAUGUUGGUUUGGCACAGCACGCAACGUGCACAAAAAAAAAAGGAAAAAAAAGAAGAUCGUUUAUCCCUUCUUUUGUCAAUUUUAUUUCGGUAGCGACGAGUUGAGUGACUAAUCAGACAUGAGGGAAGAAAAUGUAAAACGUUUCAAGCGUAAAGGUUGUUAAAGCACGGUUCUGUCGGUCUGUUGCCUCUCUUCAUUAUUAUUAUUAUUUUUUUUUUUUUUUCUAAUGAUUAUCGUGCCAUGUCACCUUGCGUCCUUUUGAGCUUUUACGCACGAAGAAACGAAACGUCCGUGACGAGAACGAACGAAACUACAUAAUCAUGCUCGUAUCGAUUCACCGGUUAUUUUAUUUAAAUAUAGUAGCCGAUCGGUGAGAUUCUCGGGACGUUGUUAUUAAUCCACGUAAUAAGCGUAAGUAAACUAAGUAAAUAGAUGCCUGCGGAUAUAAACGGGCGAAUCCGCGCGGCGAAAAAUCGCUUUCCUCGUGCGUAGAAGAUCCGAUAACACAGCGGUGCACCCCGAUCACCGGUAGGAAUGUGCAGCGUCAGCAAAAAUUUUUAUCGAGUUCGACUAAAAAGAAGGAACCCCGUUUUCUUUUUUUUUUUUUUUUUUUUUUUUUUUUUUUCUAUUUAUUACGCAGCGCUGUAUACGACACGCGCGCAUUGUUUCCUUUUCGUUCCCCGGUUGCUCUAUCCAUAUUUACAAAAUGUGUUCCAAGUAUGGUUUCCAAGUACAAACGUCGAGAUCGUGUUCUCGCUCUUUCGAGUGGCUCGUUCGUUUACUGUGUGCAAUGUCUGUUCAACAAACAAAAUUUGUACAGGUCGGUUUGCAUCAUCUUUCGGAGUGUUUUUUACCAAGCUGCAACUUGAGUGAGUAGUGAGAGGGAGAGGGGAAAAAAAAAAAGAGCGACUGAGAGUCUUUUCCACGAAAGUUUUUCACUGUCGAGAAAAAGUAUUUUCAUUGACGAGUGUUGAGUUGACGAUGUCCACGCACGACGAUGUUCACACACGGGCCACGCAAAUGGGGUGGACCACCGGUGGAGGAUCGAACGAAAAGAAAGGGAAGGAAGAGAAAACGUUACGCAAUCCUACGAGUGGCGUUGAGAGUGCGUGCGUGCGAGGAACUUGGUUGUAUUAUGUAUAAAUGUUGAUAACUAAUUGAUAGAAACGUGAAAAGGUACUUUGUCACGCCGUUUUGAAGACCGCCGUUAUUAUUAUCAUGUUCGACAUGGAACAACAAAAACAAACAAAAAAAAAAAAAAAAAAAAAAAAAAAAAAAAAAAAAAGGAGUCGAUCGAUUGUCAAGUCCCCCAGGACAAUCUUUGAACAAUGGUAUCGUGUGACCCUGGAUCACCGUGGUUUUAAUGGUCCUAGGCUGUGUAAAUAUUACCCUUGUAUCCAUUGCGUUUAGAAGUUAUUAAGGUACAAUAUAGUUUGUACGUUGGAGUAUAUAUAUAUUAUAUAUAUAUAUAAAUAUUACCACACACAGAGUAAAAUAAUAUAAACGGUCGCUGUCCUUACCAAACCGUAGCAUUUUGCCUGUAUAUCACAGUCGAACGAGAAUAUUAAUACUAUUUCGUGUAUCCAUCCUCCUUUAUCCAGUAUCAGCCUCUGCGCUCGUUCCUUCGUGUCAUUUCGAUCGAGACGAGGAGAACGAGUGAUGAAAAAAAAAAAGAAAAAAAAAAAGGACAUAAGCGAGAAAUCGAAUCACAGAAACUUGUAGGAAUAUCUUAGCAAUUUCUAUAGUCCGUAGCGGACUUUUUCCUUGUUUCAGAUUUAAAGGAAGAAACAGAGAGAGAGAGAGAGAGAAAGAAAGAAAGAAUAAAAAAACGAGAGAGAGAGAGAGAGAGAAAGAGAGCAACAAACGAAGGGCACACGAUCCAAAUCCGUACGACACAAACGGUCGUGUAUCGUUACUACGUGUUGCCCUCGUAAAUUACUCGAAACCCAUUAAACCAAGCGCCUCUUUGUAAUCCACUCGAUAUUCACGAGGAGCUUCGCGAGCUACCAUCAAUAAACGUAAUGUAAAUUUUUUGCAACGA